UUCCUCCCUCCCGAGAAGCGGUGAGCCGACACACCCACCCCAUCCCCGGGCGCCACUAGGGUUCCCCCCAUGGAGGACGACGAGUACGAGGAGGGGAUGGAGAUGGACAUGGGCGGGCACCAGCAGCUCCACCACCGCGGCUACGGCGCCGAGGAGGACGGCGAGGGCGGGUACGGCGGCGGCGGCGGGGACGGGGACGACGAGGACGCGGAGGAGGCGCGCGACGAGGACGAGAUCACCCAGGAGGACGCCUGGGCCGUCAUCUCCGCCUACUUCGAGGAGAAGGGCCUCGUGCGCCAGCAGCUCGACUCCUUCGACGAGUUCAUCCAGAACACCAUGCAGGAGAUCGUCGACGAGUCCGCAGACAUCGAGAUCCGCCCCGAGUCGCAGCACAACCCAGGCCGACAGGCCGAGUUCGCCGAGACACUCCACAAGAUCAGCUUUGGUCAAAUCUACCUGAGCAAACCAAUGAUGACCGAAGCUGAUGGAGAAACCGCUACCUUAUUCCCCAAAUCAGCAAGGCUCAGGAAUCUGACAUACUCAGCACCACUUUAUGUUGAUGUAUCAUACAGAGUUGUAAAGAAGGGACACGACUGUGAAGAAGUUACAGAAACAGCAGAAUAUCCAAAAGUUUUCAUUGGAAAGGUUCCGAUCAUGUUGCGUUCCAGUUACUGCACACUGUAUCAACAAUCUGAGAAGGAUCUCACAGAACUUGGAGAGUGCCCUUAUGACCAAGGAGGAUAUUUUGUAAUCAACGGCAGUGAAAAGGUUCUCAUUGCACAGGAGAAGAUGAGCACCAACCAUGUCUAUGUUUUUAAGAAGAGGCAACCAAAUAAGUUUGCAUAUGUGGGUGAAGUCCGUUCAAUGGCAGAGAACCAGAAUAGACCUGCUAGUAGCAUGUUCGUUCGGAUGCUUUCCCGUGCAGGCGCGAAAGGGGGUACAUCAGGUCAAUAUAUUCGUGCUACUUUGCCAUACAUUCGUGCAGACAUUCCCAUCAUUAUUGUGUUUAGAGCAUUAGGAUUUGUUGCCGACAAAGAUAUCCUGGAGCACAUAUGUUACGAUUUUGCCGAUACACAAAUGAUGGAAUUGCUACGCCCAUCUUUGGAGGAAGCUUUUGUCAUUCAAAAUCAGCAGGUUGCUCUGGACUACAUUGGAAAGCGUGGUGCUACAGUUGGUGUAACAAGAGAAAAGAGAAUCAAGUAUGCCAAAGAGAUACUUCAAAAGGAAAUGUUGCCCCAUGUUGGUGUAGGCGAAUUUUGUGAAACUAAAAAGGCAUACUACUUUGGGUAUAUUAUUCACCGCCUAUUGAUGGUUGCUCUUGGUCGAAGAGCUGAAGAUGACAGAGAUCAUUAUGGUAACAAAAGGCUGGACCUUGCAGGUCCAUUGCUUGGAGGACUGUUCAGAAUGCUUUUCAGGAAACUGACGAGGGAUGUGAGGUCAUAUGUUCAGAAGUGUGUCGAUAAUGGGAAGGAAGUUAAUUUGCAAUUUGCCAUCAAAGCGAAAACCAUUACUAGUGGAUUGAAGUAUUCCCUUGCUACGGGAAACUGGGGACAGGCUAAUCAAGCUGGUACAAGAGCCGGUGUGUCUCAGGUGCUCAAUCGCCUUACAUAUGCUUCUACAUUAUCACAUCUGCGGAGGCUGAACUCUCCUAUUGGGCGUGAAGGGAAACUGGCAAAACCUCGCCAACUUCAUAAUUCUCAUUGGGGAAUGAUGUGUCCUGCUGAAACACCCGAAGGACAAGCUUGUGGCUUGGUAAAAAAUCUUGCCUUGAUGGUCUAUAUCACUGUUGGUUCUGCCGCAAAUCCUAUUUUGGAAUUUUUGGAAGAGUGGGGCACAGAAAAUUUUGAGGAGAUAUCACCAGCAGUCAUUCCUCAAGCUGCUAAAAUUUUCGUUAAUGGUUGCUGGGUUGGAAUUCAUAGGAAUCCUGACCUAUUGGUGAAGACACUUCGGCGUUUGAGAAGACAGAUUGAUGUCAACACUGAAGUUGGUGUGGUUCGUGAUAUUCGUCUUAAAGAACUUCGACUCUAUACGGAUUAUGGGCGUUGCAGUCGUCCACUGUUUAUUGUUGAAAGCCAGAGGCUUCUCAUUAAGAAGAAGCAUAUUCGAGCAUUGCAGCAAAGAGAGACUCCUGACGAAGGUUGGCACGACUUGGUUGCCAAAGGUUUUAUAGAGUACAUAGAUACUGAAGAGGAAGAGACUACUAUGAUCUCUAUGACUAUAACUGAACUUUUAGGUGCGAGGAAUAAUCCAGAGGAGGCAUAUCUUGCGACUUACACACACUGUGAGAUUCACCCUUCUUUGAUCCUUGGUGUGUGCGCGUCGAUUAUUCCUUUCCCUGAUCACAACCAGUCACCUCGUAAUACUUAUCAGUCUGCUAUGGGAAAGCAAGCUAUGGGAAUCUAUGUUACUAACUAUCAGUUAAGAAUGGACACGUUGGCCUACGUUCUGUACUACCCACAAAAGCCUCUUGUUACUACUCGUGCUAUGGAGCAUUUGCACUUCAGGCAGUUACCGGCUGGCAUUAAUGCUAUUGUUGCCAUUGCAUGCUACUCUGGAUAUAACCAAGAAGAUUCGGUUAUUAUGAACCAAUCUUCAAUAGAUCGUGGGUUCUUCAGAUCACUAUUUUUCCGCUCUUACAGAGAUGAGGAAAAGAAGAUGGGAACUCUUGUCAAAGAGGAAUUUGGCCGUCCAAAUAGGGAGAACACCAUGGGAAUGCGCCAUGGGUCCUAUGAUAAAUUAGAUGAUGACGGACUUGCACCACCAGGAACAAGGGUCUCUGGGGAAGAUGUCAUUAUUGGGAAGACAUCUCCUAUUCCACAAGAUGAUGCUCAAGGGCAAGCUACUAGAUACUCAAAGCGUGAUCAUAGUACUUCUCUGCGUCACAGUGAAAGUGGGAUGGUGGAUCAGGUUCUUUUAACAACAAAUGCUGAUGGUUUGAGAUUUGUCAAGGUUAGAAUGCGAUCGGUUCGCAUACCACAAAUAGGAGAUAAGUUCAGUAGUAGGCAUGGUCAGAAGGGAACCGUUGGAAUGACUUACACACAAGAGGACAUGCCAUGGACAAUCGAAGGCAUCACGCCUGAUAUCAUUGUGAAUCCACAUGCUAUUCCAUCCCGUAUGACUAUCGGCCAGCUGAUUGAGUGUAUUAUGGGUAAAGUUGCAGCUCACAUGGGAAAGGAAGGAGAUGCAACUCCUUUCACUGAUGUUACUGUGGAUAACAUCAGUAAGGCACUUCAUAAGUGUGGUUAUCAAAUGCGUGGAUUUGAGACCAUGUACAAUGGUCACACUGGGAGAAAAUUGACUGCAAUGAUCUUCCUAGGUCCAACUUACUACCAGAGACUUAAGCACAUGGUGGAUGACAAAAUUCACUCUAGAGGCCGUGGUCCUGUCCAGAUAUUGACCAGGCAGCCAGGAGGGCGCUCCCGUGAUGGUGGUCUCCGUUUUGGAGAAAUGGAGAGGGAUUGUAUGAUUGCUCAUGGCGCUGCAUUUUUCUUGAAGGAACGGUUAUUUGACCAGAGCGAUGCUUACAGAGUACAUGUGUGUGAGAAGUGCGGACUCAUUGCCAUUGCCAAUCUCAAGAAGAAUUCCUUCGAGUGCAGAGGUUGCAAGAACAAGACAGACAUUGUCCAGGUCCAUAUACCAUACGCAUGCAAGCUCCUCUUCCAGGAGCUCAUGUCAAUGGCAAUUGCUCCCAGGAUGCUCACCCAUGAGAUCAAGCCUGGGCAGGAGAAGAAACGUUGGGCUUGAGUGUUGUAUUCAGGUGCCUGACUGGAGCUGUUUUCCUGGGUACCUUGUUGCAGAACUACAGCUGUAGUAUGAGUAUAGUUCUGAUUUGGAAUUUGGUUUUUGAUGCACACUGGGCUAUAGGCAUGGUCGUGUUCUUGGAUAGAUCAAACGCCAACCAUGAAGUGACGUAGGUUCUUUAGGAUUUAUUCACUAACAGGACUAAUAAUUUGUACCUUGUCUCUAUUACGCAUUGCCGGAUCUUUUUUACUUGGCUUCAAGAGCUCGACUCGAACAAUGCAUGUGUGAAGACAAUUGCAUAUGAGUAACUUUGCAAAAGUUAGUAAUUUUUUUUAUAUGAAUUUUUUGUAAGAGGAUCUA